CGACAGGUGAAGCAAUUUAUACAGUGCUGGGAGACGUGAAUGAGUUAGAGCGAUCCGAAAACAGAGAAUUCCGUCGACAUUUUACCCAUUCGUAUCAUGGAAGGAAUGAAAUAUAUUUUAAUAAUUUCUCUAUUAAAAACUUUUGUCCAUGCAGAAGACCAGAUAAUUGAUACUACCACUGGGAAGAUUAAUGGAUCAACAGUUUUAGUUCAGAAUGUUAAGCUUGAUGUAUUUCUUGGAAUACCAUUUGCGAAACCUCCCGUUGGUAAUCUAAGAUUUAGAAGACCUGAACAAAUUGAACGGUGGAGUGGUAUAAAAGAAACGAAGGAACAUGUUUCGGCGUGUGCACAAUUUGAAGAUAAUACGUUUAAUGAUGUUCCAGGUGCAGAUCUGUGGAAAAUAAAAGCUAAUAUAAGCGAAGACUGUCUUUAUUUAAAUAUUUGGACGCCAACAGAAGCACGGAAGUCCCGUUCAAAUUUAACCACGAUGAUUUGGAUAUAUGGAGGUGGAUUUAUAUUUGGAUCAAGCACGUUGGGCAUAUACGAUGGAAAAUGGUUAGCUGUCAGUCAAAAUAUUAUUGUUGCAUCAUUUAAUUACAGAUUAGGGCCCUUUGGUUUCCUUUCCUUAAAUGACGAGCGUGCUCCAGGUAAUAUGGGACUGCUUGAUCAAAACCUCGCUAUAAAGUGGAUUCACGAUAAUAUUGCAUCAUUCGGUGGAGACCCUGAUAAACUGACACUGUUUGGAGAAAGUGCUGGUGCAGUAUCUGUUAGUAUGCAUGUUAUUUCACCAAUGUCUCGGAAUCUUUUCAGGAAUGCUAUAAUAAUGAGUGGGACAUCUAACGCUGACUGGGCAAUUAAGACAAAAGAGGAAAAUAUAAAUAGAGCGAAAGAAAUGGCUGCUUUCCUGAGAUGUCCAACUGAGAACGAUGAGCAGAUGUUAAAUUGCUUUCUAAAUGCCAAAACUGAAAAACUAUCCCUGGGACAACUUCAUAAUUUAAAAGGAUUCUUUGGAAUUCCUUUUGCCCCCAUUAUCGAUAACUAUUUCUUACAAGCGAAGCCAAACAAAGCUCUACAAAGUAAAGCAAUUAAAAAAGAUGUGUUAAUAGGCUUUGUUAAAAAUGAAGGCAGUCUUUUUCUUUUAUCUGGUUUCCCCAAAUAUUUCACCACUAACAAAACUGUUCCAAUAAACAAUUCUCUCGCACAUAAAUUAAUAAAAGAAGUGAUUGAACCAGCACAAGUAAAUUCUGUGCAGCUUGAUUCCAUCUUUUAUGUUUAUGGUUCUAAUGUCUACUCCUCCUCUGAAACUGAAAAAUACAGAUACGUACUUGACCAAGUAGCUGGUGAUACCAUAUUUAAAUGUCCUGCUAUUAAUUUUUCCCGGGAAUGGAGUACCCAUUCCAAUGUUUACAUGUAUUCUUUUGAAUAUCGGUCAAAUGAUUCGCCCUGGCCGGAAUGGAUGGGUACCAUACACGGAAAUGAUAUAUACUAUGUGUUUUCGCAAGUGUUAUAUGGACAGAAUUAUUCAUCAGAAGAUAAAGGAGUGUCAGAAAUGAUGUCAAGUUAUUUUGCAAACUUUUCUAAAUCAAGUAAUCCUAAUAAUGGUGACUGUGCUGACUGCUCCAAUGAACCAUGGUCGAAAUUCACACCCAAAAACCAGAAAUAUUUUGUGAUUGACAAGAAAACAAAGAUGGAGAAUAAGGAUACGUCUAUGUACAAUGUAUGUGGCUUUUGGUCAGAUCUUCUUCCUGAAUUAAAGGAACGUUCUUGUCCAGUACCAAGUGGAUCACAGAAUAUUUGGACUUUUCAAGGAAGAAUACUAACCACUUUUAGUUUCAUUUUCUUCUCUUUGAUGUUGUUCUGGAACAUUUUGUGUUGAUGCUACUUCAGUUAAUUACAUCAGUCAAUUAUGGUCUGAUUACAGGGCUUAGAAAAGCUCAAGGACCGAAGCAAUAAAUGUAUCUAUAUCUGAGAGGGGGAUAUGUUGAAUAAAAUCAUAAUUAAUUGAU